AUAAAUUUUAAAGGAUUCUGAAAUUCUAUGGAAACUCAAAAUCAAAAACAAAAAAAUAAGAAAAAAAAUACAGCUAUAUAUUUUAAUGAUCAUAAGGGAUAAUGAAAGUAGUAAAUGCUUGACGUUAUGCCGACCAAUGACCACAGUUAUGUAUGCUGACUUUGUAGCCCUAAUCAUAAUUUAUUAGUACAAAUGUGUUCAACAACUUGGCCUAAAAUUUUCGAGAUUCCUUAAUUUAUUUUAUGCAGCUUCGAUGUCUUCCACUUCCUCCCUUCGCCUGAUCCUCUGCACUCUCUUCCUCUCCUCACUCUUCCUCCGCCACUCUCUCGCCGACGUCGGCACGGCUGCACGUUAUGGCCCUCCCUUUUUGCCCACUGCAUGCUACGGCAGAGACGCGUCACAGUUUCCGUCGAAUAACUUCUUCGGUGCCGUCGGGGAGGGUUUAUGGGACAAUGGAGCAGCAUGUGGAAGGCAGUAUCAGGUGCGGUGCAUCAGCGCUGCGGCUCGCGGAACUUGCAUUCCUGGCCAGAUGAUUCAGAUCAAGAUCGUUGAUCGAGCGCAAUCAUCGGUUUCUAGGCCUUCUUUAGCUGGAACUACGUUGGUCCUCUCCUCCAAGGCCUUUCAGGUCAUCGCCAACGCUUCUGCACCGUUCAUUAACGUAGAAUACCAACAGGUUUGAAAACGGGAACAGAUUCUUUGUUGGCAUAUUUGUUACUCUGAAAAUUAUUCUCUGUAAUGAUUGAGUAAUAUGCAGAUGAAGUUGCAUUCAUAUUUUAAUAAUGGUCACUAUCUGAUGAGAUCUGCGUGUUCUUUUGUUCCU